CCGUGCACAGCGGCCACAUGCAGAUGGUGAACCUGCUGCUGAACAAAGGGGCCAGCCCGAGCACUUGUGACAAGAAGGACCGGCAGCCCAUCCACUGGGCAGCUUUCCUGGGGCAUUUGGAAGUUCUGAAGCUGCUGGUGGCCCGGGGAGCUGAUGUGAUGUGUAAGGACAAGAAGGGCUACACCCUCCUGCACACGGCGGCGGCCAGCGGCCAGAUCGAGGUCGUGCGACACCUCCUGAGGCUGGGGGUCGAGAUCGAUGAACCAAAUUCCUUCGGUAACACUGCACUUCACAUCGCCUGUUACAUGGGCCAGGACGCCGUGGCCAACGAGCUGGUCAACGUCGGUGCCAACGUCAAUCAGCCCAACGAGAAGGGCUUCACCCCCCUGCACUUCGCUGCCGUCUCCACCAACGGGGCCCUGUGCCUGGAGAUCCUCGUCAACAACGGGGCCGAUGUCAACUUUCAGAGCAAGGAAGGGAAGAGCCCAUUGCACAUGGCUGCGAUCCACGGACGGUUCACGCGGUCGCAGAUCCUCAUCCAGAACGGCAGUGAGAUCGACUGUGCUGACAAAUACGGCAAUACCCCCCUCCACGUUGCUGCUAGAUACGGCCACGAGCUGCUAAUUAGUACUUUGAUGACGAAUGGUGCUGACACUGCAAGGCGUGGGAUCCACGACAUGUUCCCUCUGCACUUAGCUGUUCUCUUCGGAUUUUCAGACUGUUGUCGUAAGCUACUUUCCUCAGGUCAGUUGUACAGUAUCGUGUCCUCGCUGAGCAACGAGCACGUGCUGUCUGCAGGCUUCGACAUCAGGGGAGCCUGGGGGGGGAACCAACAAACUGAUGGGGGUCUGUGGCCUUGCAGAGCAGAGACUCAUUCAGGAAACAGCCAUGACACUGACGAGGAGCCACUGAAGGAGUCCAGGCUGAAGGAGGCGUUCUUUUGUUUGGAGUUCCUGCUGGAUAACGGUGCCGACCCCUCCCUGCGGGACAAGCAGGGCUACACCGCCGUCCACUACGCGGCCGCCUACGGCAACAGGCAGAACCUGGAGCUGCUCCUGGAAAUGUCUUUUAACUGCCUGGAGGAUGUGGAAAGCACCAUUCCAGUCAGCCCUUUGCACUUAGCUGCCUAUAAUGGUCACUGUGAAGCCCUGAAGACACUUGCUGAGACCCUGGUGAACCUGGACGUGCGGGACCACAAGGGCCGGACAGCGCUGUACCUCGCCACGGAGCGGGGCUCCACCGAGUGCGUGGAGGUGCUCACCAGCCACGGCGCCUCCGCGCUGGUCAAGGAGAGGAAGAGGAAGUGGACCCCUCUCCACGCUGCAGCUGCCAACGGGAACACGGAUUCCCUGCACCUCCUGAUAGACAGCGGGGAGCGGGCGGACAUCACCGACGUCAUGGACAUCCACGGCCAAACCCCGCUGAUGCUGGCGAUCAUGAACGGCCACGUUGACUGUGUCCAUCUCCUGCUGGAGAAGGGAUCCACGGCUGACGCAGCGGACAAGAGGGGAAGGACUGCCCUGCACCGAGGGGCUGUGACAGGCUGUGAGGAUUGCCUGGCUGCUCUGCUGGACCACGAUGCCUUCGUCCUGUGUCGGGAUUUCAAGGGCCGGACCCCGAUCCACUUUGCCUCGGCGUGUGGGCACCUGGAAAUCCUGCGGACCCUGCUGCAGGCAGCCCUCUCCACUGACCCCCUGGACUCCGUGGUGGACUACAGCGGCUACUCACCGAUGCACUGGGCUUCUUACAGUGGGCAUGAAGAUUGUCUUGAAUUGUUACUUGAACACAACCCGUUUGCGUACCUAGAAGGAAACCCCUUUACUCCAUUGCACUGUGCAGUAAUUAACAACCAGGAUGGCACUGCUGAAAUGCUGGUGGAAGCAUUAGGUGCCAAGAUUGUUAAUAGCAGAGAUGCCAAAGGAAGGACCCCCCUUCACGCUGCUGCCUUUGCAGACAACAUCCAUGGUUUACAGCUGCUCCUGCGGCACCAGGCCGAGGUGGACACGGCGGACAAGCUGGGCAGGACCCCCCUCAUGGUGGCUUCUGAGAACGGGCACACGGCAGCAGUGGAGUUCCUGCUGUACCAAGCAAAAGCAAAUAUAACUGUGCUGGAUGUCAACAAGAACACAGCUCUUCACCUGGCCUGCAGCAAGGGCCAUGAAAAGUGUGCCUUGUUGAUCCUGGGGGAAACCCAAGACCUUGGCCUUAUCAAUGCAAGUAACAGUGCUCUGCAGAUGCCGCUCCACAUCGCGGCGCGGAACGGACUGGCCUCCGUCGUGCAGGCCCUGCUCAGCCGCGGGGCCACCGUGCUGGCUGUGGAUGAAGAAGGUCAUACCCCAGCCUUGGCAUGCGCUCCCAACAAGGACGUUGCCGACUGCCUGGCACUUAUCCUCUCCACCAUGAAGCCUUUCCCACCUAAGGACGCCAUCAGCUCUUUCAGCUUCAACCUCCUCAAGAACUGCGGCAUCGCGGCCAAGACGGCGGCGUGCGGGGCCCUCCCCAACGGCAGCUCCUGCCCCUACACCAAGGACCGGCACAACGCCAUCGGCCUGGACGGCUGUUACUCGGAGUAGCUUAAACUAUGGGUGACCUAAUAUCUUAUUAUAUUUAUUUAGAAAUUCUAUAAAUAUAGGGCACUUUAAAGGAGAACAAGACUGGGCAGGCCAAGCGCGGCCCGGCGGGCCAAGAGUUCGGCGCUUUCCCCCUCUCGCCGGGUGCCGGUGCGGUGCCAAAGCUGCUCCUGGCAGUGCCCCUCCCGUCCCCUGCCCCUUCCCAAUCCUCUCUGUGCCCUCGGUGGCCGGGCAGGAGGCGGAAGAGGCAGGAUUUGGGCUGGGACAAGGCAGGUGCCACCACCCACCGCUGGUUUCCCCCCGGCCCGCGGGGUGGGCGAAGCCGUUCCCGGUGUUUCCCGGUGCCCUGUGCCAGCCUCCCGCCCUGCUGGGCUGCCCCCGGGGCUGCCACCCGGCUGGGAUGGGGAAGCCUGAACUCUUGGUGGGAUGGGGGGUGGGAAUUUGGGAUGGCUGGCCGGGGUGGGGGUCAGCUCCUGGCCAAGUGCCGCUGUCGCUGCUCCUCUCGGAGUCGCUCUUUCCUCCUCUCAUCCUUCGAGUCCAAACACUUGAACCAAGAUCUACUGUACCUGGGGACACUAAAAUAUCCUUUUGGCAGCUCAUUUCUAGGGGAAAACGGGUGCUGCUGCCCGAGCCCGGCCGCGGAUGCGCCACUGGAGCCUCCUCCCCACACCAGGCACUUUAGGGAUUCUGUUGGUUGUUGGUUUUGAUUUUUUCCUUGGCAAAUUGUCAGAUCCUAAAACGAUUCUGCUUUGAGUUUCCCUUCCCUGGUUUGUGUGGCUGUUUCCAUGCGAGAGUCAGUGUUGGCUGGUUGUUUUUUUAAAAAGAGAUGAGAAUUAUUUAUAGAGAAACGAACAUUUACCUUUAAAAAACAACAAAAACCAUAAAAAAAAAAAUCAAUGUUUUAGCCUUUACUAAGGAAACAAAUGCACUUCUGAGUCCUUAUUCACAACCCUGAGUAAGUCUGUGUUGCUUUUUCGGAUGCAGCAUCCUGGCAGGUUUCGUGGCACGUGUGGAUGUGGGUGGGAUCGUUGUUUUUUGGUUUGGGUUUUCCUUUUUUCCCUUUUUUUUUUUUUUUUAAUUUUAGAAAUCCUGUUUAUGCUGCAGGUUUGAAGCAUUCGAGAAUGUUGCACUGUUGUUUUUUUUUCCGUUGAUUUUUUUUUCUUUUGUUGUUGUUUUUCCUUCUGAAUUACUGUAACAGUAUCAAAAAACAAUGUUUUCCUCCAUACCACGAGUCUGUUCAAAGCCAAAGACGGGGAUGCAGAGACCGGGAACGGGCUGGAAUUUCAGGAACCACCGUCCCCCCCGAGCUCCUCUCCCACUGCAGCCGGGCCCACGUGGGGAGCACGAGGCUGGGGCCGCCCUGGGGGUGUCCCAGUGGGAUCCCCCGGGAUGGGAGCAGGGAUGAGAGCAU